CUUAUGCACCUGUUGUAAGCGUGCGUUUAGUUCCAGUAAGGGAUUCGUUCUAUUCUCUCACGAUGCUAUUUCCCCUUCGGUUGUAUGCCCUGGCCAUAACAUUCGUGUCAGUGGCGGCUCAAUCAUGCCAAGUGACCAUAGACGGGCGGCAACCCCAGGAUGGCAAUAUGUACAUGGCUAUAGUUGACCCCUCGUGUGGAGCUGGGGUGAUCAACUGGCUCUACCCUACAGGAGAGUUGUUGGUGACCUUCGACCAGAUUCAUCAGAAGUUUACACUGUGUUUACGUGGUGGAGCUGGACCCUUGUCUCAGGCCGUGUACCACUUCACAGAUAAAGGCCCUGAACAAAUGACUAACCCGACGCAAGAUGCACUGUCGUGUGUUGACGCAGAGAAUGGGAAAGCCAUCAUCAAGUUUGAGGAGCCACUUUUUACAACGUUCCAAACCGUUUAUGAAUUCAGUAUCAUUCUGUAAUUUCCCCGUUGUGAAACACUCUAAAAGCGAUAGUCUUAAUACUAAUAUAUAUUUCUGACAUCC